AAGAGCUUUACCACUUCAGCCAACAUCCUGAAGCGGGCCACUCUCCACUCCAACCCCUCCUUCUCCUCUCCUCUCCUCUCCUCCGGACCAACGCAUGGACUCAAGCAGCUUGAAAAGAAGGCAGUGAGGAAGGCAACUUUUCAGAAGAGAGAAGAUAAAUGGUGAGAGGGAAGUCUGCCGUUUGUUUCCUGGACUGCAGUGUUGGAGUUUACAAUAGAAGGCAAUCCCCUUUUCCUGUCUGUGUUUUCCGUCCGCCCUCACGGGGACCAGCGGGAGCAGGAACUGGGGCUGAGGAAGACUUCUGGAUGCAACAGCAAAGAAGAGAAGAGGAGGACCAGCCAAAAAGAGGAGAAGUGAUAAAACAAGAGACAGGAGCAGCAGGGGUUGGACUGAGAAGACAGGAGGAAGACAGAGUCAGAGUCUUGUGGGACUUUUUUAACAAGACACAGAAAAAGAUAAAGGAGAUAUAAAAAGGACCAAAGGUGCAACUCAUCUGACUUCUCUGCUCUUGCCAGGAGGAGCAACCUCCUUCCUCCCCUCAUCCUCCCUUCCCUCCCCUUUCCCCUUUCCCCUGACAUGGGCCGCCUGCUGGCCCUGACCUUCGCCUACCUGGCCUACCUGCUGGCCGCCGCCGCCAUCGGCUCGGAGCGCCAACAGCACCGCGUGCAGCACGGCCACUGCAGCUACACCUUCAUCCUUCCCGAGGUGGAGCACUGCCAUCCCUUAAAGGACUUCCAGGUCACCAACACCCUCCAGAGCGACUCCCCGCCCGAGGAAGAGCCCGAUACAAGCCAAUCCAAGCCGGGUAAGGCCCAAAAGGAGAGGCCUUCCUGGCAGGAGAGGAAGCUAGAAAACCUAGAGAGUGCCAUGGAGAAUAAUACCCAGUGGCUGCAGAAGCUGGAGAACUUCAUCCAGGAGAACGUGCGCUCUGGGAUGGAGGAAAUGAAAAGAACCGCGGUGCACACCCAGACAGCUGCCAUGCUGGAAAUGGGAACCAACCUGCUCAGCCAAUCGGCGGAGCAGACCCGCAAACUGACAGACGUCGAGACCCAGGUGUUAAACCAGACAAGUCGCCUGGAGAUACAGCUGCUCGAAUACUCGCUCUUCACCAACCGGCUGGAGAAACAUAUUCUCCUGCAGACCCAGGAGAUCUCACGCCUCAGUGAUAAAAACAGUUUUCUGGAGCAGAGGCUCUUAGCGCUGGAGGCUCGGAACGGGAGGGAGCUGCAGGGCUUGCAGAGCGAAAAGCAGCAGCUUCAAGAGCUUCUGGAGAGGCAGAGUCGCCUGGUCAGCCAGCUGCAGGGUGAACUGAGCAGCUCCACGCUCAACAGCACCUCACUACAGAGACAGCAGGCCGUGCUCACAGACACCGUCCAGCAGCUGCUGGCUAUGGUCAACCACUGCAAUGAAAUCUCCAAUAUGCCUAAGGAGGAGCCGCUCAGUUUCAGGGACUGUGCAGAGAUCCUGCGAUCUGGAGUGACAGAGAGUGGAAUAUAUGGCAUACGCCUCCCUAACUCCACGCAGACUGUCAAGGUGUUCUGUGACAUGAAGACUAGAGGCGGCGGCUGGACGGUGCUGCAGCAUCGGAGAAACGGCUCCGUAAACUUCCAUCGUGGGUGGAGAGAUUACAAAAUGGGCUUUGGAGAGCCGUCUGGGGAGCACUGGCUGGGGAAUGAUAUCAUCCACAAGCUGACCAGCUCCCAGGAAUGCAGUCUGCAUGUCCAGCUAAGAGACAGAGAGGGGAACGAAGCUUUCUCACAUUACGAUCGCUUCUACAUAGAUGGAGAGGACAACAACUACAGCCUUCAUGCCGAGGGCUUCAGUGGCACAGCUGGACGGACCACCAGCCUCACCCACACUGGCACCCAGUUCAGCACCAAGGACAGAGACAACGACCGCUGCACCUGCAAGUGCGCCCAGCUCGCAUCAGGAGGUUGGUGGUUUGAGGCAUGCGGUCCAUCCAACCUGAAUGGCAUAUAUUACCCCAGCUCCUCCAGCGUGGUUCGCUACAACGGCAUUAAGUGGUACUAUUGGAAGGGUCCGAAUGUAAUGGCUACCAUGACGACCAUGAUGGUGCGUCCGGCAAACUUCUGAGGGCGUAGCUCGUUCGCGAUGUCAGAUUGUGAAGAAGUGAAUGUCGCCUGCGAUGAACAGUAUGAACUAUAUCCAGGAAUUGGUCAAUUUUGGGAGGAAAUUUGAGUCCGACUGUUGGUGGUUUCAGCUUCUGGACAUCUUGGAGAAGGGUUUUAGCAAUUGCCUGGGGACACGUGGACUUUCAGGAAAUGACUGUGGUUUUUGUGAAUUCCAGAGUGAGAAAUUCAACCAACAAUAACUAGGGAUGUCACGAGAACUGAUACUUUGGUACCGAGUCGAUACCAAAAUUCUGAAAACAUAACAGUGCUUGUUUUUCUUACAGUACCGCAGGUACCACAGGUAUUGUCAGGGCUCGGGAUUAACAGUGUCCCGGCGACGAUAGAAAAUGUGUUUGGGAGGCAGUAAACUCAUUAUCUAUGCGUCCAGGGGGCGCACCCUACUUUUCCCCUGAUAAUGCUAGAUUGCGAACAACAAAUCUGUGUUGAAAUCGGCAGGACGAGAGCCAGUUAACGUUAACUAGCUCUCGUCCUGCCAAUUUCAACAUGGGAGGUGCCAUUGAUUUACAUUAUGAUGCAUUCAAGCUCUAUUCAGUGAAAAGGGACGAAGGGAAAUUCUAACAUUAUGAUGUAUUCAAAUGUAAUCUUGUCAAAUUUAGUUUUUGGCGAGAAACUUGUAUAAAUACAAUUUUUUUAAGGAGAGGUUUUCACAGCAAUUGUAUACAAUUUCACUGGUAUUGGUAUUGACUACUAAAUUUCUGGUAUUGUGACAUCCCUAACAAUAUCUAUUCACAAACGCUGCCCAGACUAUAUUUUAAUAAAGAUUGUUCAGCUGGUAAUGAGGGUAUGAGCUUUGCUACAGAUGACAAAAACACAACUGAUGACAUCAAAUUACGCAGCUAUGUAUACGACCAGUUACUCAAACCAAAAUACAAUCCAACUGAUUAAUGGAUAAACCUUUAGAGACACUUUAUUGCAAUACAUAUUUUUAUAUUAAAGGAAUAAAACUUAGGUUGUGUUUUUGUGUGUUUGAUGUAAAUACAUGUGACCUAACUGCAAUAAUUCACAGACACAUCCUUGUAUAUAGUUUACAGAAAGUCAACUGAUUAUACUCUUACUAUAAAGUCUUAAUUUCACAC